GGUUGCUCCGGCCGCUAAUGAGGCCAAACAACGCCAAAGCCCAAUCAGCGCGGUGGCGGCCGCGACGCCAGGCCAGGCGCAGCCGAGCUCUCACUGCCGACAUGCUCAUCCCGUGGGUGGCACUGCUGGUGCAGAGUGUCGUGGGGCGCAGCCCCGGGGGCAGCGGUGGGCGCGGCGCGGUCUCCGUGGCGAUGCAACUCUACGAACUGGAGCCGUGCAAGGGGGCGCCGGACAACCUCGUCAUCAGCAACUUCACAGCUGUUCGGGAUAAAAACGGCGUCAAUUAUUACAACGGGAACAUACUGAUGCGGAAAGAGCUGAAAGACAUUUCUAAGCUAGAGAUGACCACAACGCAGUGCAUCGAUGCCGUGUCUUACAAUACGUGCUCUUAUUUGAACACGUUUAAAUUUACCACUGGAGUUUGCGGUUUGAUGACUUCGGACGCGAUGCCUUGGGCCAGCCUAAUGCAAGCAGUACACCCCUCUUAUAAAUGCCCGAUUGCUGCAGGAAAGUACGUGGUGAGGAACGGGACAGUCAACAUGUCAACCAUAAAGAAGUUAGCAGGUCCCUCCCUCAAAGACGCGCUGGGAAAAAUAUUCGUGCCUGAGGCCCGAUUGUACAACGAGCAAAAUCAACUGUUCAGCUGCAUCAAAUUUAAGGCUACUUUCAUCAACCCAAGAACCUGAAAUGGAGCCCGGCCUUGGUGGUUCGAAUUCCCGGAAUAAAUUGCGUUUUAAUCAA